CGCUGGUAUUCUCAGUGUUUUAACAAUACCGCCUUUGAGCUUCUCCGGUGCAAGAAGAGUUGAUCUGGUUUGGAGGUGAUGAAUGUUCCUGGCUGGGUGCAUGACUCCCUGCGUUGCUCCGAGUCAGGCUGAUGCUUGUUGAUAAAGGCCAGAAGGGCUUUGUCUGACUUAACACUUGCGACAUUUCAGUCUUUUACAUCGUGAAGUUCAGCGUGUUAAAUGAGACUGUUAGACUAAAGGAAUCAGCUGCUAUAUUUCAUCCACGGUAUGUAAGGGACCAAUUUAAUUGAGCGGUCAUGAGUUUGGAUGCGUAAAUGCUCUCAGUGACAGGCAGAGUCUGGAGAUCCGGGAGCGCAGCACCUGAGGAGGAGAGAAGCGGCCGACAGCAGCGCACAGUGACCGGCUUCCAGGUGGACAGGUGGAGGACCGCGGGAAGAGAGCACGAGACACACUCACAGACAGCAUCCAAGAUGGCAUUAGCCAGAGAUCCAGGGGCAGGCCAGGAGCAGAGGGACGCAGCGGACCAAAACUUUGACUACAUGUUCAAGCUGCUGAUUAUCGGCAACAGCAGCGUGGGAAAGACCUCCUUCUUGUUCCGCUAUGCAGAUGACUCCUUCACUUCAGCAUUCGUCAGCACAGUGGGAAUUGACUUCAAAGUCAAGACCAUUUACAGGAACGACAAGAGGGUCAAGCUGCAGAUCUGGGACACAGCAGGUCAGGAGCGCUACCGGACCAUCACCACAGCUUACUACAGAGGAGCCAUGGGAUUCCUCCUCAUGUAUGACAUCACAAGCCAGGAGUCGUUCAACGCCGUACAGGACUGGGCAACCCAGAUCAAGACGUACUCGUGGGACAACGCUCAGGUAGUGCUGGUAGGCAAUAAACUGGACUUGGAGGAAGACAGGCAGGUCCCUGCUGAGGCUGCCCAAAGACUGGCUACAGAGCUAGGCUUCCAGUUCUUCGAGGCCAGUGCCAAAGACAACAUCAACGUGAAGCAGGUCUUUGACAAGCUGGUGGACGUCAUCUGUGAGAAGAUGAACGAGACGGUCAACGGUGAUGUCAGUCUAUCGGCCAAUAACAAGGGAGCUAACCUGAAGGACGCGCCCCCCAACAACCAGAGUGGCUGCGCAUGCUGAUCGUUGAUGGUGGAAACUCAUAGAGUGUUGGUUUCAUGAUCAAGUGAAUUACCAAAAAUUGAUUAUUGUGAAUGUAUUUUACCAUAUGUUGCUGCAACACUAUGCUUGACUUUCUUUUUCUUUCCAUUUGAUCUUUUCUCAACUUGGUAGCGUCUUCAGCACUUCCUCAUAAUUUGAACGUGACUGUUACACUAAGAUGCCAAAGAGCUGCUUUGAUCAGUUUGGCCUUUUGCUUUAUUAUUUCCUGUUUACACAGUCGUUUGUGAACAGCACCUGUUGCAGGCAAGAAUGAGAAUGAAUGAACCAGAUCAGCAGUGAGUGGAGGAUCACUGUGAUCUACUUGUGUCAUGCUGCCCCCUUGUGGGUGUUUUUCUGAAACUGCAUCACUGUGACUUGUUGACAAACACUGUGUAUCCUGAGAACUACUGGCCCUGUGUGAUCCUGCUGAGGAAGACUGCUCACUAGCUGCUCAGUACAAAGUCAAACAUACCUGAAGGUGCUGUGUCAUUCCAGGGGUUUGUGCGUAGUACAGACUUGUUAUUACUGUUUUGAAGGGAUAUUCUGAUCUGCUUUUAAUUUAUGGUUUUGUUUUUGUUUUUGUAUUAUAAUGGCAGUCCAAUAUUUCCUUUGCCAGGUUUCAAAUGUGGUCCUUCUAAAGAUUGAGAUUAAAAGAUAUGGAGCUUUAAA